AUGCAGGACCAUCACCAUCACGCCUACCACCAGCAUGCCGACCACCACCAUCACCAGCAGCAGCAUGCCUACUCCCCUGCGCCGCAGCAGCACUACGCCUAUCCUCCUGUGGUAGGCCCUCCCUACGGAGGCGCCGUGAACGAGGUCCACGUCUACCACCACGCGGCCCCAAGCUUCCCUGAGUACGUGCCCGACGAGCUUCGCGGCCGCGUGGCCGACGGCGACUACGUCGCGCACAUCCGCCAACUCAACUCCGACCUGUCCCGUGCCAGCUGGGGCCCCUGUUGCCAUGUAGUUUGA